AGAACAAUUACUUCUACAUACUGACACAGCGCAUACCUCUUUGUUCCCAACCCCAAAGGCCCAACCACGAAUCUCCAUUGCCUCUCCCUCUCUAUUGGGUUUUCCAUAGGUACGCUCGGCAAUUGGAGAUUCACGCGCCACCAUGGCUUCCGCACCGACACUCCCCAUUUCCACUUCCCAAUCCACCACCGCCGCCGGCGCCACAUCGCAAUCACAACCGCCGAUUGCUACACCGGCCUUCCGCGCCUUCAUCUCGCGCCUCUCCUCCUCCCUCCGCCACGGCUUCUCCCAGCGCCGCCCGUGGUCGGAACUAAUCGACCGGAGCUCCAUGUCUCGACCUGAAACCCUGGCCGAAGCUUACUCUCGGAUCCGCAAGAACAUCUCCUACUUCCGCGUGAACUACCUAACCCUAAUCGCUUUCGCACUUGCCGUAUCGCUCAUCACGCAUCCUUUCUCGCUCCUUGUUCUCUUUGGCCUCCUCGCUUCCUGGUCCUUCCUCUACCUUUUCCGUCCUUCCGAUCAGCCUCUUGUUCUCUUUGGCCGCACCUUCGCCGAUCGCGAAACCCUAGGGAUCCUUGUCGUGCUCACCGUGUUCGUUGUUUUCCUCACCAGCGUUGGAUCCUUGUUGAUCUCUGCAUUGAUGAUUGGUUUGGCGAUUGUGUGCGCGCACGGUGCAUUUCGAGUGCCGGAGGAUCUGUUUCUCGACGAUCAAGAGCCAAACAGUACUGGAUUCCUCUCGUUCCUCGGCGGUGCCGCCGCUUCUGCUGCCGCGCCGGCCGUCGCGCGGGUGUAAACGGAUGGAUCUGGAUGGCCGAUGUGUCCGGUGGAUUGUUCUGAGUAUGAUUGUGGCCUGAGCCUGACUGCAGCCGCUGCAGCCACCCACCCACGUCAUGUUACAUGAGAAUGGGAGAUCGGGUUGUAGGGCCUUCAGAUUCAAAAUUUGACACCCUGCAGAAUUACAUCAUGCGAUUCAUGCAUUGCAGAGCCUGUAAAUUGACAUGUU